AAUGCCGUUUAUGUUGUGUCGCAAAUCAAAAGUGUCACCAAAAUUUCAAAAUGCUCGCAAUUUUUUGACCUAAAAUCAUAUCAUUCAUCACAUUUUUCAUAAUAUCACACGUACCUUCAAGAAAAUUAAUAUCAAAACGCCAAGAUGCCAAGAAAAAACAUCGGGCCUGGCCCAGGCAAGUAUAUGCUACCACCUGUUGUUGGUUAUGCUGAGCAUGAUGUAUCAAGGUAUAGGAACCCCCAGUAUUCCAUCGGAUUGAAGUUAUUCAGCGGAAGGAAACCUUUCGGACCUGGUCCUGGGUAUGACGUACAAGGAAUGACACGUUAUGGGAAAGCCAGUCCGGCGGCUUAUUCUAUGAAAUCCAGACCAAAACAAUUGUCAUUAUUUCAAGUUCCUGGUCCCGGUACUUACAAGCCAGAAGUGGUACCUAGAAUGAAGGAACCGCGCCCACCAAUGUAUUCUAUGUCCUACAGAUAUCCUCCAGUAAAGAGAUUCCAAACUCCUGGUCCAGAUAAAUAUGAAGUGCCUUCCACUCUGGGUCCCAAAGUACCCGAUAAGAAUGCCAACGCCGCCUACAGCAUGUAAGUAAAAAUUAUAUAUAUU